AUGCUUCGGAAUAGGAAGAGACGUACUUUCAUUUUUCGAAAUCUGAAGGGUGGAACUGACACGAUUUAUGGAACGCGUAUAUGGGUGCCAGGUCAAACUCCUAGGCAUGUGGUAGAAGUACAUAUGCGCAGCCCCCUGUUCCCUCAACCUCUCUCGCUUGCGCUCACUUCGUGUACCGACACUGGUUGUUCGCUGUCACGAUGGAGCGUCCAGAGAAAUCCCCGACGCCCGCUGGAUCGACCUUUCUGUGAAUCUUCUCAGGUUGAAUCUCGCGUUGCGGAGAAAGUACGUAGAACGCUGAACCUAAAGUGCAACAAUCGUAUAAAAUAUCUGCCAACAUGUCGCUGGCGGCUCUGA